AUGAAUAUCUUCGACGGCCUCAAGUACAGGGGACGCUCCAUUCAGUGCAGGCCCUGUACUAUCCCGCAGGUCAUAGCCACUGACUUGGAGAAGAAGGGCGCGAGCCGCAAGGAGCAGUCUGACCAGCCAGCGACAGCUUCGGCAGUCCCCUCAGUCCAAGAGGAUACCCAGGGUGGCACAGCGGAUGCACCCAGAACAACGGAAGCGGCAGCUGCGAGGUUUGAGGAGCAAGUUGAGAAGGACGGCAGUAUACCAAUGGAAGUUGUACAUUGCAAAUCUGAUGUGUGCAUCGGGGAGCAGGCAGACGUGGAUGACGCCAGAACAACGGACGUGGUAGACACGAGGAUUGAUGAGCAAGCUGAGGUGGACGAUGCCAUAACAACGGAAGUUCUACAUCGCAAACCUGACCUCAGCAUCGAGGAGCAGGCAAUGGUGAAUGACGCUGUGACAACGGAAUCGGUAGACUGCACACCUAGAGCGAGAGUUGAGGACGAUCCUACUUAG